GAUAAAACGUUGCUGCAAAUUGCAGUGCUGCUGCUAAAUGCAUUUAUAAUAAAGUGACGUACGUUUGACACUAUACGGAUUACGGAGUAUUCAUCUCACAAGAGUGAGAUACCGAAGCUUCCAAAUUCCUCUUGAGAUCUCCCUUCCUCUCUUCAUCGCUCCUCAAUUCUCUCUCUGCAGAUCCCUAGUUCUCCAUUUUUAUUUCUCAGUUCACCGACUUUUGCCCGCUAUUUUUUUGUUGGAACGCCAUGAUUUCUUCCAGCAAGCUCAAAUCCGUCGAUUUUUAUCGAAAAAUUCCUAGAGAUUUAACAGAGGCAUCAUUGUCAGGUGCAGGAUUGUCUAUUGUAGCUGCCCUCGCCAUAAUAUUUUUGUUUGGGAUGGAGCUAAGUAGUUAUUUGUCCCUGAGCACCUCAACAUCCGUGGUAGUUGACAAGAGUCCUGAUGGAGAGUUCUUACGCAUUGAUUUCGAUAUGAGCUUUCCAGCACUCUCUUGUGAAUUUGCUUCUGUGGAUGUGAGCGACGUGUUGGGAACGAACAGGUUGAAUAUAACAAAAACAAUCCGCAAGUUUUCAAUAGAUUCACAUUUGAGACCAACAGGCCCUGAGUUCGUAUCUGGAGCCACUACAGGUCUCAUUAAACAUGACGAUGAUGGUGAGGAAGACUAUGGUGAAGGAUCCCUUGUUCUAAAUGGGCAAAAUUUUGAACGUGCUGCACAGGAGCAUGAUAUAUUGGUUGUCAACUUUUAUGCUCCGUGGUGCUACUGGAGCAAAAGACUGAAACCUUCAUGGGAAAAGGUAGCAAUGAUCAUGAGGGAGAGACAUGACCCUGAAGCUGAUGGGCGUAUUCUUGUGGGAAAAGUAGACUGUACUGUACAAGUUGAUUUGUGUAGGAGGCAUCAUGUACAAGGCUAUCCAUCCAUCAGAGUUUUCCGUAAAGGAAGCGAUGUGAAGAAUGACCAUGGACAUCACGAGCACGAAUCUUAUUAUGGGGAUCGUGACACUGAUACUCUUGUUAAGUUUAUGGAAUCCCUGCUUACAGCAAUCCCAUUGGGGAACCAAACUCUGGCUCUCGAAGACAAGUCUGGCAAUAAGACUCAGAACACAAAGAGGCCAGCGCCACCCUCGGGUGGCUGUAGAAUUGAAGGAUUUGUCCGUGUUAAGAAGGUUCCCGGCAACCUCAUCGUCUCUGCUCAUUCUGGAUCACAUUCAUUUGAUGCAUCUAAGAUGAACAUGUCUCAUGUCAUUACCCAUCUUUCAUUUGGUAAGAAAGUUUCGCCCAGUGUUAUGAGUAAUGUCAAGAGGAUCAUACCUUAUCUUGGUGCAAGCCAUGAUCGAUUGAGUGGUAGAUCAUACAUCAACCAAGACGAAGCCUCAAACGCAAACGUUACGAUUGAGCAUUAUCUUCAAGUGGUAAAAACAGAAGUGCGAUCGUCAAAUCAACAUACAUUGUUGGAGGAGUAUGAAUAUACUGCGCAUAGUAGUUUGAUUCAAAGUCAUUACAUCCCAGUCACCAAAUUUCACUUUGAGCUCUCUCCCAUGCAGGUGUUGAUAACAGAAAAUUCCAGAUCCUUUUCGCACUUCCUAACCAACAUUUGUGCUAUUAUUGGGGGUGUUUUCACGGUUGCCGGGAUCUUGGACUCUAUUCUGCACAACACGAUGCGGAUGAUGAAGAAAGUGGAGUUAGGCAAAAACUACUGAUAGAAAAGUGAUAUUUUCUCUCCUUUCACCCCUUUGGCAGAGUAGGCUCUAGUGUCGCAGGUGCACAAUUUUCCUCAUGGCCGGAAUAUUUGGAAUUCAGCUCUUAACUGUGCAGUAGGCUGCACACAAUGUGUAUAGGAAAUGAUCGACACAACUUUCUCUUCUUUUUCUUCUUAUUUUGUUUUGAGAAAUUUCAUGAAUUCCCUGAGACUUGCACAGUUCCUUUGAUCACUGGGAUUUUUGAAUUAUUCGGAUUUUACCUCAUUGGUAAUGAAAAAUAAUGUAUGCAUGGUCUUGUGGAAUUGGACCUCUUCA